AUGACUUCAAAUGAAAACUUGACUUCCUCAAAUGAGGGUAGCAUAGCUCCGUCUACCGCCUCAACUUCUACAAAGUAUUCGCUCUCCGCGGCAAAAGCGUUCAUUAUGCGCAAUAACCGGCUUUACAUCAACCAGCCCUCGUUAUUGUACCCUUUGCCCGUCGACCUAACAGAACUUCACCGUCAAUCUUUGCGCACACUGAUGCUAUUACAGCUUUUCGGCGGUCCGACUACAGCUCCCGAAUUCUCUAAUAAACCGCCACAGCGCGUUCUCGAAGUAGGGUGCGGUUCUGCGUUUUGGAGUAUGAUGUGUCAUCGGUACUUUGCGCAGCACGGCCACUCAUCCAUAUCCUUUACCGGCCUGGAUAUUGCGCCUUUAGUAGGAAUGGGACUCAAUGGGAGUUGGAGACCCGACAAGGACAUGCGCUGGCGGUUCGUGCAACACGACGUGCGACGACGACCGUGGCCAUUUAUGGACGGCGAAUUUGAUUUAGUUAUGGUCAAGGACAUGUCGCUCUCUCUUUCGACUUCUAUGCGCGACUCGCAGGCACUUUUCGAAGAAUACUUACGCAUAUUGAAGCCAGGUGGCGUGAUUGAAUUUUGGGAGAGUGACCAUGCUGUACGUAUGCUAAGACCGCAUGUUCUUAGGGCUCCGGCGUCAAAGGCCUACGACUCCGAUUCGGAUUCGGACGAUAGUAGCGGGGAAGAAGACAAUGUUGAGAAAUUAGGAGCCUAUGCCAUGACGAAUAACACGCCGCUUAGCGCGCCGCUUAACCCUUUCCUUGUCGAGUACAAUGGCUGGGUAAUCAAAGGAUUAGAUGCGCUCGGAUUAUCAGCGGUUCCUUGCGCGCUGAUCGGAGCGUAUCUCUUACAAGAAGUGGACACCCUUAUGGAAUUGCGAUCCAAGAGGAUAGCGGUACCACUGAGCGAGAUCAGGUGGGAGCGCGAGGGCGUCGGCGGUGUAGUGACAAAGGACGGCAAGAGCUAUAUCGACUCGAUGAAAAAAAAGGGCAGGUCACCAGACUCUAGAGUUGAUAAACGAAAGGGGCUGACAACUAGCCAAGCUGCCCUCAGACGAACUGCGCUCGAGACGAUGGUAGGGCUGAUUCUUUGCCUCGAGCCCAUCAUUCGAGAAGUUAGCGGGAAGAGCCAAGACGAAUGGGACGGAUGGUGCGGAAAGAUGAUGAACGAUCUAUUACGCGAAGGAGGCACGAGCUGGGGAGAAUGUCUAGAAGUCGGAGCGUGGUGUGCCAGAAAGAAACUAAACCCAACGCUGUAA